AUGGAGGAUGAGGAAGGCUACACCACACUAAAUUUACGACUCCCAGCCUCAGUUAUUACUGAUGGAUACUCAAGCAAUAACAAAUGUCCUAUAUUUAGUACUCCAGCCCAUUGUGUUACAGUAGACAGAGUCUCUGCCUCAUCCGCCAUAAGGCAACCAGCAACCUUGGCAUUCUUCGCUUUGAGCCUGGUGCUGCUCACAGGUCUGGUGGUCUUACUGUCCCUGUUUUUUCAGAUAUACCAGGACCCUGAAGAAGGAAAGAAGCUGCAGGCCCCUAUGAGGGAAGCAUUGUGUUUUGAAAGGAGGGCAAGGAACGAAACAGAAUGUGCUGUCUGUCCAGCAAGGUGGAAAAGCAGUGAAGUUGGCAGCUGCUUCUAUGUUUCAAAACAGAAGAAAACAUGGAAAGAAAGCCAGGAGUUCUGUUCCACGAGAAACUCCACACUUAUUGUGCUGAAAGACAAAAUAAAGAUGGUAUAG